UCAAAUCUGAUGUUUCUCAUCUGUGAUGUACAUCAGUGAUGAGCAGUCUCAACUCAUUGAGAUGAUAUAUCAAUGAAAAAAUACCUCUGUAUAACAGAAAUAAUAUCUGUCUUACUGCACUGCAGAUCAUUGCAUGUCAGACUCUGAUCAGAGUGCAAGAUCUGAAAGAUCUGAUUGAUUGCAAGAGUCAUAUAUUCAGACGAAGAAAAAAAUCUCUCUGAUGAUUCAAGGCUUGUGAUGUGAUCAAUGCAUGAUAUGAAUAUGAUUCAAACUGCUUCAGUGCAGGAAAAUUCUCAGUUAUACUAUAUUCUCUCUUGAUCAGCAGUAAGAUACUGAGUUGAUAAAGAUAAAUGUUCACUGAACAAGAGACUUCAAUCUCAGUCUUUUGAGGACUAACAUUGAUCAGAAGAGAAAGAGAUGAUGUGACAAUGUGAUGUGAUGUCUGAGUUUUCUCAUCUUCAUUAUCUGCACUUUGAUGAAUUAAUGAACUGAUCUGCUAUUGAAAAUUUGUGUUCAUGCUAUAAGAUCAUGCAUUGGAGCAGCUAUGAUUGCAUGACAAUCAUCGAGUACCCCCUCAGUCAGUGCUACAAUUUAGGAAAUAAAAAGUGAGAGAGGUUAUGAUCUUCCCUUACUUUCUGUGUGGACAGCGGCUGGUGUUGCAAGGUGAAUAGCGAGAUACUACUAGGUUAUAUGUCAGACAUGAUACAGCCACGGCUCUAACUUCGGUCAAUCACAUGUGCCUAACGGGGCAUGAUUAAAUUGAGGCUGGUAUUUGAGCCCGUGGCUACCCUCGCUUCAACCGGAAGCUUUUACUGUCGCAAAUUCAUGUUACGGCUCUACCAAGGGAGAUUGUUGAGAUCUCGCCGCGAAAGUCGAAGAUGGUGGAUCCUUUGAGCAUUGCUGCCUCGGUGCUGACUGUUAUUACAGCUGCCGUUCAGUCGACGAAGUCGCUAUAUGAAACCGUCAAACACUUCAAAGAGCGCGACAAAACUUUACGUAGGCUUCAAGAUGAGCUCGAGGAUCUCGCCAAUAUUUUGGACUCGUUGACACAAGUGGCCAAUGCUGAGAUGGCAAUGUUGGCGCUUCUUCAAGUUCCUGUUGAUCGAUGGAGCCAAGUAUGCCGCCAGUUUGUCCCCCUCGACCCAUUGAAAGAGUCAUAUCCCCUCCCAAAGUAAACUUCGUUCCCCCCAUCCUCACUGGAGGCGUCGAAGCCACUAUAUAAAGACUUAUGGUGGCUGGAGAGAGUUUUGAUGACUCGUGCUUGUGUCCCGGGCAAUACAUCCCAUAAAGCUGACAUGUUGGAUGCUCCAUCACUGAAGUUGUACUUACAGUUGAGUUUGAGAUUGACUUCCAUAUCUAGCAGUGUCAAAUCUUGUUUCCAAACCCUAAUUCUGUAUGUGUAGCUGUAUACGGCUAUAGAUCUUAUGCUACUACUUGUUUCGAAAAAUGAUUCAUUAAGGUAUGUAUGUGUGUACAAUACAUGAAUGACAGAGGCUCCUGCAAGAUUCGGUGCAAACGAUGUAAACAUCAUCAACCUUUGAAUCUAGCAGUCUGUCAACAGGACCUACUCCUCCACAUCCUCCAUCGACCUCUCUAAUUAAUAGGCCUCUACCCGUGACUCCUAUACUGGCUCACGCCUGUCGGGAUAUUCCGUCGUACCAUUGAUCCGCCAUCGGCUCGGCUCCUUGGUGUCCAUCGAGCCAUUGCAAAUAUUAUGAAACUUGGCGAAUAUAUGUUUCCGAGACCUGGAGGAGGUUAAUGUGAUGGCAGGUGGUUUCAACACCCUUAGGGUAUAUGAUGAAUUUACGACUUGGCAGCUGGGUUAACGCAUUGACUGUAUCUUAAUUGCAUGUAUUUUCUAGCCAUUCUUUCCUAGUCAAUCAACAUCCAGAUCUGCGUGUCGAAAAUGCCCUUUCGC